ACUGCAGCACUCGGGCAGGAAAGGAAAGCCAGCCUCCCUCGCCUCUUCUCUCCGCAUCUUCAUCCGCAGCAGCAGCAGCAGCAUCCUCUCCUGGUCUCACACCGUCAUGGCCAGCACCGUAUCAGCCUACAAAGAGAAAAUGAAGGAGUUGUCCCUCCUUUCAUUGAUUUGUUCCUGUUUCCACACCCAGCCACACCCAAACACCAUCUACCAGUAUGGAGAUAUGGAGGUCAAGCAGCUGGACAAGAGGGCUUCGGGCCAGAGCUUUGAAGUGAUUCUGAAGUCCCCUUCUGACCUCUCCCCGGAGAGCCCCGUCCUCUCCUCUCCCCCCAAGAAGAGGGACCUGUCCCUGGAAGAUCUGCAGAGGCGGCUGGAGGCGGCAGAGGAGAGGAGGAAGACCCAGGAGGCUCAGGUCCUGAAGCAGCUGGCCGAGAAGCGAGAGCACGAGAGGGAAGUCCUUCACAAGGCCUUGGAGGAGAACAACAACUUCAGCCGGCUGGCUGAGGAGAAACUGAACUACAAGAUGGAGCUGAGCAAGGAGAUCCGCGAUGCUCAUCUAGCUGCCUUGAGGGAGAGGCUCCGCGAGAAGGAACUGCAUGCAGCCGAGGUGCGCAGAAACAAGGAACAGCGGGAAGAGAUUUCUGGAUAAGGGCUUUUCUACACAACUCGCACCUGCUUCCUAAUAACAAACAAAUCCCAACACUUUUGUUUUGUCUAGAUGAGGCAAUGUCUGAUUCCUCCAUUUCCAUUUCCUUCCUUCCCCUUCCCCCUACCUUCCGGUAUACCG